AACUUCUGAAAAGCGACGACGUUUGUUUACAUCCCGUCACCCGUAGCACCACCAUCUAUAACUUUAUAACCAGAUAACGACCCAUCUCGCCAUCCAGGCGAGGCCUCUGUUGCACCUCUCUCACAGCCGAAGCAUUUCUAAAAUCAUGCUUCACGACCCCUAACUCACUCCAUGGAAAACGAAGAUCCUCGAAACGGCGACGUAAAACCUCACCACCUCACCAAAAAGUCCCGACUUACUCAGUUCAUAACCGAACCCGAAAUCCGAGAAGAGUUCUCUCACCACCGACCAAACGUAGCUCGAAUCAACAACGGCAGCUUCGGUAGCUGCCCUAGAUCAGUCCUCGCCGAUCAAAGAAACUGGCAGUUAAAGUUCCUUCAACAACCCGACGAUUUCUACUUUAACACUCUCCGCAAAGGAAUACGUCACUCACGGACUAUUAUUAAAAACCUCAUUAAUGCUAAUGACGUGGACGAAAUCUCUCUUGUCGACAACGCCACAACUGCCGCCGCUAUUGUUCUCCAGCAAAUUGGCCGUGCUUUCACCGACGGUAAAUUUCAGGAAAACGACGUCGUUUUGAUACUCCACUGUGCUUAUGAAGCUGUAAAAAAAUCUAUCCAAGCUUACGUCAGGCGUGCUGGCGGUUCAGUAGUCGAAGUUCACCUUCCGUUUCCGGUCAACUCUGAUGAAGAAAUUAUUACCGAGUUUAGAAAAGGAUUGGUAAAAGGUAAAUCUAACGGUCAAAAAGUUAGGUUAGCAAUAAUUGAUCAUAUUACAUCAAUGCCAUGUGUUGUUACUCCUGUUAAAGAAUUAGUUAAAAUUUGUCGAGAAGAAGGCGUGGACCAGGUUUUUGUUGACGCAGCCCAUGCUAUUGGUAGUGUUAAAAUAGAUGUUAAAGAGAUUGGAGCUGAUUUCUAUGUUAGUAACUUACAUAAGUGGUUCUUUUGUCCACCAUCAGUUGCAUUUUUGUAUUGUAGAAAGAAUACUUCGGCUUCGAGUUUGCAUCACCCUGUGGUUUCACAUGAACAUGGAAAUGGAUUGCCAAUAGAGAGCGCAUGGAUUGGUACAAGAGAUUAUAGUUCACAGCUUGUUGUACCUUCUGCUUUGGAGUUUGUAAAUCGUUUUGAAGGUGGAGUUGAUGGAAUAAUGAAGAGGAACCAUGCUAAGGUUGUUGAGAUGGGGAAAAUGUUAGCCCAAUCAUGGGGGACAAGUCUUGGAGUGCCACCUGAGAUGUGUGCUGGCAUGGUCAUGGUUAGUUUGCCUUCGAGAUUGCUUGUUAAGAGUCAAGAUGACGCUUUGAGAUUAAGAUCACAUUUGCGUGAUAAUUAUGGGGUUGAGGUUCCUAUUCAUUAUCAGGCUCCAAAAGAUGGUGAAUUGGGUAUGAGGGAUAAGGAUGGGUUUAUAACUGCGUAUGCAAGAAUUUCUUAUCAGGUUUAUAAUACUUUUGAGGAUUAUUGCAAGUUUAGGAAUGCUAUAAAUCAGCUUCUCAAGGAUCCACAUAUAUCUGAAAAGCUUUUUGCAGGGUGAACAGGUAUCCUUUUGGCAUAACUGGACUCUCUUGCGGAUCAUCUGUAUAAAUAUGUCAAGUUACAUGUCUCUGUGCUGAUUGUUCUCUUUUCUACUUCUGAAAAUAACUUCCUUAUGAUCUGAUGAUACUGUAGUUUACGGAACAGAAGGAGCAAAUAAUCAUGGAUUAUCAGUUUAGACAUAGUAUUGUUGCACUGCUGGAUAGCUUUCUGCAUUCUGUGCAAAUGAUAGUUUUGGAAGCAUGCGCGUGGCUUUCUGAAAUAAAUGGCAAUUCCUUUA